AUGGAGAAAAAUGCUUGGAAAGUUGCUGUUGAUGUCGAAAACCGGCUUGAUGACGCCCCUGUGUUGAAAGAGCUUGUUAAGGCUCAUUUAACAAAACCAGAAGAUAAACAGUUCUUCUUCAAUAAGGAUAACCUUAAACAGUACCUAAAUGCUCAGUCUGAACAAAAAAACACGUCAGUACCUGGACACGGAUACAUGAAGACUGUGAACGAGUUUUACGAUAUGCACUAUCAGACUGGCGAACUGUACUUUGAGUUCUUGAAAGGAAGUUGUAUGGCCAAAACAGGCGAGCUUUGCAAAUGGUGUGAGCAAAAUCCUUGGUUAAGUGAACACAUGACGCAUGUUCCACGGCCAUAUCCUGUUCCUGGUAGUACACACUAUGCUGAUGUGUUUGCUACUCCCACCGAAAUUGACAACAUUCCUCGUCCACCGGAUGACUUUCAACCCCGAGCACAAAUUAAGAAAGAGCACAAUUCUGGUGCUUUAAAGCUGGAGGAUGAAGAGUCGUUACGCACUUUUUCGGAAAAAUACUGCGUCGCUGUAGAAUUAGUCCGACAAUAUCUGCAGCACCUUAAUAACAUGGGGAGAAUUAGAUUAAUCAAAAUGAAUGAACGACAGAAGUUGAAAGAGGCAAAGAAACGAAAAAAGUACACAGAUUAUAACUGGAAGGAGCUUGUUGAAACAGGUCACAUUUCGGAUUUGACAGUCCCAGAACUAAACAAAUACCUCACGAAGCACAACCUGCAACUGAAAGGAAAGAAGAAUGUGAAACUAGAUACAAUCAAGCGACACGUUUAUAUACACAUUGGAGAUGAAAUGAUUGAUGAUGACGUCUACAACUUCGAGAGGAACAACGAAACCAACGCAGAUGGCGAAGAGAGUGAAAAUGAGCGGGCAGAUGAUGAACAUAGUGGUGGUGAAGACAGUGAUGAAAGUGACGAAAAUACUUUUGUUCUGAACAUAAUUUCUGACUCAGAUUCGGAGCAUUCAGUUACUGAUUUUCCCGGGAACGAUGCAGAAGAAGAGUUGGCAGACAAUAACAAUCCCUUCGUAAACAUAACUUUACGAUCUGGCAGAACUGCUACGAGGUUCUUUAGAGACAUACUGGAAAAGUUUACAAACUGA